AGACGUAAUGUAGGAAGUCAUUCCACUGCUUGUCGAGCUUGUUUUGAAAGCUCGACGCCUGUUAACACUAAACUAUUAUUAUAGUCUUUUAACGUUUAUUUCAGAGCAAUAUUCGACUCCUGUUGAUAUUCUCCUUUAACAGAUCGGCUGUCGCGAAGUGCGUGAAAGUGACAAGCCAAGGUGAAAAUACCCAUCGCCCCUCGCUUUGUCGUCUGCACAAUUUAUUAGAAGCUACGUUUUACAUCAGUAACAGUCGAUGAGUCGAAGUCGGAACCCACCACCCCGGGGUCAAGGGGCAGCGCGUGCCAAACAGAUGGGGCUACUCCUUGACUUGACCCCGGAUGGGGGGAUGGAUGAUGACGUUAACGAGGAAGAUCUGGAGGAUGAGCUACACAAUUUGAUGGGAGGAGGAGGAGGCCCUCAAAGGAAAAAACGUGAAAACAAAGUUCCUGUUGCUAUGGCCGAUAUUGAGCGAAUGGCAGCUCUUUGCAUGAAAGACCUGGAUGAAGAGGACGUGGAGGAUGAAGAUUUGGCUGAUGAUGAAGAUCUGUUGGCAGAACUGAAUGAAGUUUUGGAAGAUGACGAGGAACACAGUUCCGCUCAGCCUUCCAGAGUUAGCGUGACAACCGGCUCUUUUCCUCCUGCGAAUUCCACCGGUGCAACUGGAUUGGAAUAUCGUGUAUUGGAGCGCAUGGAGAUGUACAAGGUUGCCAUCUCUAAUGCAACUGCAUCUGGGGAGACAAGCAAAGCUCGAAGAUAUGAUCGUGGAUUAAAGACAUUGCAGUCCAUGCUUACAUCGGUUAGGAAAGGAAAAACAGUCAACGAGGAGGAGAUGCCACCUCCGGUUGCUGUAGGUGGAAAAGCCAGUGCCGCAACUGAGUCUGAAUCCAUGAAAGAGAAACAAAUGCCAGAGCCCGUGUUAAUUCCCUACCCUCCAGUCAAUCAAAAACCUUCACUGGAGGCAGAGCGAGCAGCUCUUAAUACUAAGCCGCUCCAAUUAGCUCCCCCCCACAACCCAGCUGCUGCCAUCACCGCGGGAACCCCAAUGAUUUCUCCACUGACACCCUGUCAGUCCGGCACACAACACUCAGAGGUCAAGCAAGCAGUGUUGUCCCGACAGAGAGAGUACAAGCUAGCGGCCAUACAAGCCAAGCAGAGUGGUAACAUUGACCUGGCCAAACAGCACUAUGUCGUUGCUAAGAAACUGGACUCGGUGGUGGAGGCCAUAGAUAGGAGUGAACCAGUAGACCUGAGCUUGCUUCCUCCAGCCCCUGGAGACGUAGUAGACGAGACACAUGCAGCACCUUCCCCUAAACAGCAAGCCACUGCUGCUCCUACAACCACACAGGAACCUCCCGCUGGCCUUCCUGCUCCCAGCAGUCUGGCAGAAGCCUUGCAGCAAAGGAUGGACAUUUACAAAUCAGCAGCAGAUGGAGCUAAGAGCAAAGGAGAUGACCGUAAAGCACGCAUGCAUCAGCGCAUUGUCAAGCAAUACCAAGAUUCCAUUAAAGCACACAAAGCUGGUCGAUCCGUCAACCUGUCCGAUCUACCUGUACCACCAGGUUGUCCACCGUUACAGGGCUCAGAGAGCGAUUCUCAAAACUUUAUGGGUGUCCUGGAAACAGCUAUGAAAAUAGCUAAUCGAGAUCCAGACGCAGAAGAAGAGGAGGACAGUCCAAGAGGGACUGCCAAGCCCUCAGUGCGUCCACCUGCCCAGAAAGCUAAAUCUCCAGCUCCUCAAGCCCCGGGUGGUUCCACAAUGCAAAAACUGGGAGCCAAAGCCCAACAGCAAGUGGAUUUCCUGUCACUACGUCGACAGGCUUUUUUGCGCGCUGCACUGCACUCAAAGAAGAUGAAGAAUAUGGCGGCAGCAGCACAGAACCUCAGACACGCCAAAGGACUCGACCCCAUGAUCGAAGCCGCCAAGUCUGGCCUUCCUAUUGAUAUCACCAAGAUACCCAGUCGUCCCAUCGGUGAGGACGACUUCUUGCUGGCUCGUUCGCGUUCAUCUCCCCUUUCUCCUCGUACCAGUGAGCAGUACCAUGGCCUCAUGGAUCUUUUGCGAAAGCAGCAUGAGAAAUGUCUCAGUCACUCACAGCAGUUCACACUCAUGGGCAAUAUUGGCGAGGCUCUCAAGUGUGAAAAGCUUGUCGAGGAUUCAUUCAAAAAUCUAGAGAUACUGAAGAAUUCCUACACCAAGGGCCAUCCAGUGCCCAGGUGUCACACGGAGGAGAAGACCUUCAGUGUUGUCAAGACCUACCCCAAUCUGACUCCCAAUGACAUGAUACUGUACAUCAUCAGAGGCAUCAACUUACCAGUUCCCUCCGGUGUCUCGCCUAAUGAUCUGGAUGCCAGCGUGAAGUUUGAGUUUCCUUUUCCCAGUGUGGAGGAUGCGCAGAGGGACAAAACCAACACAAUAAAAAGUACUAGCAGUCCAGAGUUUAAAGAGCAGUUCAGACUCAACAUCAACAGAGCGCACCGAGGAUUUAAACGAGUCAUCCAGUCCAAGGGCUUCAAAUUUGAAAUCAUUCAUAGAGGAGGCCUCUUUAAAACAGACAAGGUUGUGGGCACAGCUCAGCUGAAGCUUGAGGGUCUAGAAAACCACUGUGACAUCAGAGAGAUUAUAGAGGUGAUGGAUGGACGUAAAGCCACAGGUGGCAAGUUAGAGGUGAGGGUGAAGAUCAGAGAACCCAUAUCCGGGGUAGAACUCCAGCCGACGACAGAAAAGUGGCUAAUCCUCGAACCGGUUUCUCCUCUCUCACCUCCAGAGAGACAAAAAGAACGGGCUCCAUCUCCUCGAUCUAAACCGAAACAUGAGCUAAGCAACAGGAGCAGCAGCUCUCCUCCCCAGUACAAGCUUCACAGCUUCAGCCUCCUCAACUACGACAAGGAACGGUUAGAGAGAAAGAUUGCAGAGUACAAAAAGAACCGACGGGAUCACCCAUCUGAUUUCAUUCAGCAGCAUAAAGAGAUCACGCACAGGCUGCAGUGGCAAAAAGCGCAGCUGGAGCGAGCCUCUCCUGCUCUGCUCUCAGAGUAUGAAAAUGUGCUGCGGCGCUUCACCCAAGGACUCGCUGAAUCCGUGAAGAAAUUCUCAAGUCAAGGCAAUAGGGAGGCUGCCAAGGAUGCUCUGAGCAGGCUGAAGAUGGUCGAGACUGAGCUGGAAUCACUGAAAAGGAAACGUGCUGGAUAAGGGGAGACUAGUUUGGCCAAGGAUUGGCUAUAGUACUGAUGUCUUUUCUCUUUUCACUCACGUAUACACACAGAUACAAACACUCGAGCGCUCUGCUCUCAAGCCUUUGUUCUUGUCUGUACAUCCAAGACGAACGCAUGGGAGCGAGUCACUUGUGCUUUGUCCAUUUAUAUUUUCUGGGAAAAAAAAAGAAACAUAAAAUGGAAGCCUCAAUAAAAAUAAAUUACAGAAUAGUUUUAUACGAAAGGAAGCAAGGAGACGGUUGCUCUACAGAAUGCCUUCUCAAAAAUUCGCACGUUUGUCUAAUGUCUAGUUUUAAGCACACGUAACCAAAAUGUGGACCGGUAUGUCCUUGACCAAUAUUCUGAGGUGUUUUAGCACCUUUUUUUGUGGUCAUACUGGAAUUUAAACUAAUCUUUCUGUUCUAGUGUUCACAGAUUAAAGUAAUUUGAUACAUUUGCAGUGGUGUGAUGCGGGAGUAAAGCAAAAAAGAAAAAAAACAAAAACGGGGCUUUGGGGUAUAACAACCUACAUCUCAUAAGGAGGGAUUAGUAUUUGUUUCACCAAGGAGACAACUGGAAGAGACAUUAAGUUGCCUUUGGUUUUUGCGGGAAAGCGGGGAGGUGUUAUUAGUGUGCCAUGAAUGUGGUUGCCGUUUAGCGCUGCCGUCUACAUCAUCCACUUGCUCUUUCUUGGUCGCCUCCUUCAUCUCCUCCGUCUUCACACUAAUUCCUUCACAUACAUUCAGAGAUUACUCAGAGUUACACGCGGCUCCAUUUGGAUUUUCUUCCAAGUCUUACACAGACUUAAGCCCUCCAUGCCGUCUAAUAGAAAAUAAUUAACAGCUGCUACCGCUUUUACUCUGGAUUUAUUCAGACACAACCUGGACGCAGCUGGCAACUUAUAACGAGCCUUUUUGUUAAUGUUUGUUUCCUAAAUAAUUCUGGAGAAAGGUGAAAAUACCACUUCCAGUUUCUUUAAUCUCAAAUGGAUUGCUGUUG